UGCCCCUUGUGCCACAAAGUCUUCAAUAGGCCUUCUGGUUUGAAAACCCACAUGCAUAUCCAUACUGGCGAAAAGCCCUAUAGAUGUGAUUGGCCUGGGUGCGGGAAAUACUUUUCUGUCAGGUCCAAUAUGAUAAGACACAACAAAAUCCAUAAACGG